AUGUUGCUCGAUUGCUUGAAGUCAAAUUUACCACCUCGAAAUCAUACAACUCCUCAGUAUUACACUUGUUUUGGGCGAAUGCAUGUUCAGACUGCUUUACAACUCAUUAUAAUUGUAACAUUUGCAUGGGAUAUAUUUCGAUGGAUCGAUUUCAUUGUCAAUCAAGGAAUUACCUUCGGAUGGAUAGAAAUUUUUGCGGAAAUUUGCAAUGCCUUAUUCGGGAUUUCAUUGACCAUCGCUUAUUGUUUCAAAUCAGCGUCUUUCUUAUUACCAUAUCUUUUCUUUCAGCUAUUUACUCUGGUAGCUUCGAUGAUUUUAUUCUGCGUAAGCUUUUUGACUAUAAUAUGGCCCAAAAAUUCUUGGGCGCCCAGCUUUCAUACUUAUCCACCGACAAAAGCAUCCACUAUUCGACUAAAUGCUAUAAUUUAUGCCAUAUCUCCACUUACUUUUGCAUUGAUGUUAAUGUGGGUGAUUCGCGUAUUGUUCGCUUGCUAUAACAAUGGCCCCGCCACAGGUGUUACUAUAACUUCACCAACUGGUCCAAACAGCGCACCAACAGUAGCUGUAACAUGUAUUUCGACCAACUUGACAUCGUCAACCACAUUCUCGAAUCCUAACUUCACUCUGCAGGAUGAAAACGGGGAGGAACAACAAUGA